GCUUACAUGUCACAUACUCAGAGAGGCUUGGCCAGACCACCCAAUCUAAUUAGUCCCCUCCUCCUUUACUUUCCCUCAUAGACCCUGUUAUUUUUCUUCAUACAAUUCAUCACAAGUGUUCACAGAUUUUUUUUGUGUUCAUUCACUUAAUUCUAUCAAUUCCAUUAGGCUGUAAGUUUCUCAAGGGGGGAGGGACCUUGUUUGUUUUGUUCACUUUUGUAUUCUUGAGGCCUAGCACGGGUGCCUGACAUGUAGUAGGUGCUCUAUAAAAAAAAUUGCUGAAUAAAUGAGUGAAUACUUUCUUGGUUGUUUCACUUACACUUGUCCCUUCUACUGAGUUUUACUUCCUGCUACUGCACUGUAACCCCCAAAUUGAUAGAAGAGAAUUACAGUGCCACUUCCCUCUAUCACUGACUGCUGAGAUGGCAAUUCCUUUGUGGAGAAGCUGCUGGCUUCUCCUGGGCGGUUGUCAUGUACCCAAAGGUGCACAAUAAUUCUGUUCACAAUAGUAUGACUGAGGCAAUCAGGAGAGCUGUCCGAAAUGCCUUUAAAAGUUACCCUCAUUGGGUUCUUGAGCACCCGAAACUGUGAACUACUGACAUAAGUGAGAAUGAGCAGAAUGUUGAAAAGGUGUGUGUGUGGGAAAUGAAAUUCAGACGUACAAGUCCUUCCUUGCGCGCCAAGAAACUGAGCCUCUUGCAGCAGCUCCUCUGCCCAAUGGGGGGCGGCAGCAUUCCAGCAACUCACUCCCUGAGGUUGUGUAGGCGGCAGGAGCGAUUCGCGUUCAAACUCUUUUGACUCUACCCGCUCGCCGUAGCGCCUUAGCCCGCUAGAGUUUCAAGGCGCGUUGUUCUUUGACGAAGCUGAGUCCUAUACACCGCCUGCUGCUUUCCAGAGAUGGCUUCUCCGAGUUCUUUCACCUACUGUUGCCCUCCAUCUUCCUCCCCAGUCUGGUCAGAGCCGCUGUACAGUCUGAGGCCCGAGCACGCGCGGGAGCGGUUGCAGGACGACUCUGUAGAAACAGUCACGUCCAUGGAACAGGCGAAAGUAGAAGAAAAGAUCCAAGAGGUCUUCAGUUCCUACAAGUUCAACCACUUUGUACCAAGGCUUAUUUUGCAGAGGGAGAAGCACUUCCAUUAUCUGAAGAGAGGCCUCCGACAGCUGACAGAUGCCUACGAGUGUCUGGAUGCCAGCCGCCCAUGGCUCUGCUACUGGAUCCUGCACAGCUUGGAACUCCUAGAUGAACCCAUUCCCCAGAUGGUGGCGACAGACGUGUGUCGGUUCCUGGAGCUGUGUCAAAGCCCAGAAGGUGGCUUUGGAGGGGGCCCUGGCCAGUACCCACACCUUGCGCCCACGUAUGCAGCAGUCAACGCGCUCUGCAUCAUUGGCACCGAAGAGGCCUAUGAUGUCAUUAACAGAGAGAAGCUUCUCCAGUAUUUGUACUCACUGAAGCAACCCGAUGGCUCUUUUCUCAUGCAUGUUGGAGGUGAGGUGGACGUGAGAAGUGCGUACUGUGCCGCCUCGGUAGCUUCUCUGACCAACAUCAUCACUCCAGACCUGUUUGAGGGCACUGCUGAAUGGAUCGCAAGGUGUCAGAAUUGGGAAGGUGGAAUUGGAGGGGUGCCAGGGAUGGAAGCCCACGGCGGCUAUACUUUCUGUGGCCUGGCCGCACUGGUCAUCCUCAAGAAGGAACGCUUCUUGAACUUGAAGAGCUUAUUACAAUGGGUGACAGGCCGGCAGAUGCGGUUUGAAGGUGGAUUUCAGGGCCGCUGCAACAAGCUGGUGGACGGCUGCUACUCCUUCUGGCAGGCGGGGCUCCUGCCCCUACUCCACCGUGCACUGCACGCCCAAGGGCCCCCAGGAUGGGGCUGGUGGGAGAGCAGAGCACUUGCUCUUGGCCUGCAGAACCGGCUGCAUGAGGACAUGGACAGGCUGUUGAACUCACCGUCCCCACCCUCUGUCUGCAGCUCAUUCUCCAUUCAUGAGCAUCUGGCUGGCAAACUCGAGGUUCCAGCCCUGUGCGGGCGAGCUGUUCACCACUGCAUCCAGCCCCAGGCCAGCCUGGCCACAGGACAUGCUUGUGAGCCUGGUCACGAUCCUGAGACUCAACUCCGGCUAAGACUGUCUGCAGCUGUCAGAUGAUGGGGCCUGUGCAGAUUGUCAUGAAAUAUUCCAACAGAAGAAGCACAAAUGGCCAGUAGGUGGAUGAAAAGAUGCUCAGCCUCACUAGUAAUUGAGAAAAUCCAAGUAACAACCCUUCGGCUGUUUCAAGUAUUUGCCUCCUAUGCAACCCUCUUCCGUUCUUUUCCCUCCCUCCUUCCUCAGCGUAACCCCCUCCUAAAUUUGACAUUUAUCAUGCCGGCAAAUGUUUUUGUGCUAUUACUACAUAGGUAUGUAUCCACGAACUAUAUAUAGAGUUGUUUUGUAUGUUUUCAAAUGUUUUAUAACAGUAUCUACCCCACCAUUUAUUCUGCAUCACUUUUCUCACCGACCAUUACCCUUUUGAGGCUUAGUCGUCUUGAUAUGUGUUGCUCUAGUUUAUUCAUCUUAACUCCUGUAUGGUAUUCCCUUGUCCAAGUGUACCCCAGUUUAAUUUUCUAGUCUCCUGUUGGUUAACACUGAGAUGGUUUCAGACUUUGCUAUUACACAAGGUGUUGCAGUGAACAUUCUCGAGUUACAGUUUCUGAGAGAGAUACACCUUCAUCCUCACCAGAUGGCCCUGAACCUUGCCCCUAUGUGCUUGGGUUAUUUAAUGCUCACAUGGCUCCAAGAUGAGUUGCUCCAUAGUCAGACUUUUCCUUUCUGCCAGCUUGACAGAUGUGAAAUGGUGUCUGUUUUGUUUUGCAUUUCCCUGAUUACUGGUGAGGCCGAGCAUCUUUUCCAACAUUUGUUGGCCAUUUGUGUUAUGUCUUCUGUGAGUUGCCAGCCAGCUCCUAUCCUUUGCUCAUUUUCGUAUUGAUUUGUAAUUUUGUUUGCUCUUUUCUUAUGUAGUAGGAGUUCUUUGUGUGUUCUUGAUACUAAUCCUUUGUCAGUGGUGUGUGUGUGGUGAAUCUCUUCCAGUUUGUGACUUUUCACUUUGUUUUUAGUGUUUUUGUUGAAUAGAAGAUUUUAACUCUAAAGUGAAUAAUUUUAUUUGUCUUUUCGGUUUUUGAGGGGGUUUUUUUUUUGGGGGGGGGCGUUACUUAAGAAAUCUUUUCCUACCCUGAGGUCAUAAAUAUUUUUCUUCUAAACAAUUUAAAGUUUUGCUUAUCCCAUCUAAUUUUUUAAUUCUCUUGGAAUUGAUUUCCUUCUGUAGUGAAGGUGGGAUAUAAUUUUAUCUUUUCCCCAUUUUGGUUAACCAAUUGACCAGCACCAUUUAUUGAAGUUUACAACCUUUCCUAUUGAUGUAUCACAUGUGUGUCACAUACUCAAGUUUCUGUAUAUGAGGUGACUGUUUCUGGACACACUGUUCCAUCGGUCUGUUUGUUAUCUUUGCUGUCUUAAGCAAAUCUUAAAUGCAGGUAAGCAAGUCUUACCUACCCACCUCAUUCUUUUGCUUCAAAACUGCUUUGGAUAUUCUUUGCCUUCUGCAUUUUAGGAUUUCCUAUGCAUUUUAGGAUCAGCUUAUCAAGUUACACACACAAAAAAAAACUAGUGGAAUUUUUAUUAGAAUUACAUUGAAUGUGAGAUUAAUGGGAGGGAACUGACUUUAACAUUCGGGCUUCCCAUUUACAAGCACAAUUCUUCAGAUUUUUCACAUU